AUGACUGAUUCCGACUCAUCUAAUUCUGAUGAUGAAAUGGUGUUGGAUGUAUUAUUUUAUUUACCCAGACCAAGAUUCUUUCGGGAUAGGUCUAACCCAUUGGAGGAUUUCGACGAUUUUGACUUUAAAAGUAGGUUUAGACUAUCAAAGGAAACUUUUGUAUUUUUAUUACAUUUAAUUGGAAACGAUUUGCGACGUUCUACAAAUAGAAGCUUCGCCAUUUUUCAAUUAUUGACUUGA